AUGAACAUUAUUCAAUUCCUUACCCGCCUCUCAUUGAGCGAGCCUCAGACUCCUAGUUAUAUCCUCCAGUUACCGGUCGAGAUACUUGUGAAAAUACUGAAUUUUCUUCCACUCUAUUCUCAGCUCCUCGUCAGCCAGACCUGCCGUCCCCUACGAGCGAUCACUCAUGAAUAUUUCCUAGCUGGGAGGGGAGAUAUUACGGCCAUAACCACAGUAGAAGAGAAAUUGCUGUACCUCACUCAUCUAGCCCGGUCUCUGCUUGAUCGAUGGGUUUGUGCCAAAUGUUGCAAGCUUCAUCAAAUUGAUGAAUGGGAUACACCGUUACAUUACAUAUCCGAUUAUCUUAGGUGUCAAGAUGGAUUAGAUACCACAGAACGAUAUAGGGUAUCCAAGCUUGGCUCGCCUCAAUAUUAUCCAAUGCAUAGACACGUCGAACUUACGCUCAAGUACACACGCAUGGAAGACAAAAAAAGGAGGCACCAAAAAUAUCUUCAAAGACUCCUCACACCGCAUCAUGGCCAAGUUAGAGGAUUUUUUGAAGUAGCUAAAGGCAUCUCAGCGCGAAUCUCAGUUUACCCCAAGGUUGUUAACGGAAGAUAUUUAACUUUAUCCAUUAUGACUUACCUUGAAGCUCAGACCAAGGUAUCUCGACAGUCUAUACUACAUAUAGAAAUAUGUUCGCAUGUAUCUCAAUUAGAAACGUGCAAUAUAACGUACGGAAUGAGGAGAAAUAUCGAUGAAGCUUUUGAUAUAGCUUUAUCAGCAGAGUCUACUCAGAAUUUUUUCUCUUGUGGUUUAUGUGGAACGGAUUACUCAAUACAAGCUUCGCCAGAGCGCUUUACUAUAUGCGUAUGGCAAGACUUUGGACCAGAAGGAACGACAUAUGAUCCUGAAUGGAGAGCAAUGGCGUGUAAUGAUACGCUUGUCUAUCACGAACCUGGAAGCAUUCGAAAACUAUAUGGUCCACAUGAGCAUGAUGGUGAGAUCUAUUAG